CGUCCCUCCUCGACCAACUCUCCCUUUCUUGUCUCUCAGAUUUUCCCUCCUUCUGCCGCUGUACCCUUUGGUGUUCCGCGCUAAGGAGCGGCCGACCGACGGUUCUCUGUCAGUCUUUGCACGACCAAUUUUCACGUCCGACACGUCCGGCUCGGCCCUUGAUACUAUCUCUUAACUGGUCGUGCCUCGCUGCAGCCUCAAAUUUCAAGUUCUACUAGACGGAAAGUUCAAAGACCUAUAGCUCUCUUCAACGAGACCUAGCCCCCAAUACCAACAUGGCGCCUGUUGAGACAGAGUACUACGACCUGUUGGGUGUACCCACGGACGUGAAUGACACGGACUUGAAGAAGGCAUAUCGGAAGCAGGCUAUCAAGUACCAUCCCGACAAGAACCCCUCCCCGGACGCUGAGGAGAAGUUCAAGGAAAUCAGUAAAGCCUACCAGAUCCUUUCGGAUCCUAAUCUCCGCGCCGUAUACGACAAGAAUGGCGCCAAGAUGGUGGACAAGGAGGGUGGCGUCGGCAUGGAAGACGCGGCCGGCUUCUUCGCGAACGUUUUCGGCGGCGAGCGGUUCAUGGACUACAUCGGCGAGAUCUCGUUGAUGAAGGAGAUGACAUCCGUCGCGACGACCAUGAUGUCCGAGGAGGAAAAGGCAGAGCUGGAGCGCGAGAUGAACGAGGCGCGCUCGCCUGUGGCCGGCGACGCGACCUCCGUCAAAUCAACGCCAGCGUCCCCUUCUCCCCUCGCCCCCGCCGAAGAUGGUCCCGCGUCCGCGCCCGCCAGCAGCGCCGCCCACCGCGCGUCGCACAUCCCCUCCCCUGCGCGCUCGUCGUCUCAGUCUUCGCUCGCGUCGCCUGGGGUCGCAGCGGCCACGAGCCAAGACCCACUCGCGACGGCGACCAAGAGUCCCGCUUCUUCCUCGACGACCAACCUCAAGGAGGGCGGCAAGGACGUGCACAAAGCCGACAAGGAAAGGGACCGCGACACCCACGCCAAAAAACGCUCGAAGCUCACCCCGGAGCAGAGGAAGAAGCUGCAGGAGCUGGACGAGGAACGCAAGAAGGCGAUGGAGGAGCGCAUCGAGACGCUCGCCAAGAAGCUUGUGGACCGGCUCCGGCCGUUCGUCGACGCGAAGCGUCCGGGGGAUAAGGACGAUCCAGAGACGCAGGCGUUCGAGGCGCGGAUGCGGCGCGAGGCGGACGACUUGAAGCUGGAGAGCUUUGGGGUGGAGCUGCUGCACACGAUCGGGAAUAUCUAUAUGACGAAGGCGACGUCGUUCUUGAAGAGCAGGAAGUUCCUUGGCAUUCCUGGGUUCUUCUCCAGAUUGAAGGAGAAGGGUGCCAUGGCGAAGGACGCGUGGGGCGUUAUUGGCAGCGCCAUCGGCGUCCAGCAGAUGAUAGCAGAAAUGGAGAAGCUGCAAGCGCGAGGCGAGUUGGGCGAGGAAGAGCUCAAGGCGUUAGAAGAAGAUGUUACUGGCAAGAUCAUGCUCGCGUCUUGGCGAGGGACUAGGUUUGAAGUCUCGCAGGUCCUCCGAGAGGUCGUCGACCGCGUGCUCAAGGAGCAAGGGGUCUCGGAUCAGGUCCUGUACAACAGAGCAAAGGGCCUUCUGCUUAUUGGAGCCGUCUUCAAGUCGACUGUGCCCGACGAAUCGGAUCAGGAUCGUCGAGAGCUCGAGAGGAUGGUCGCCGAAGCGGCAGCGGGCAAGUCGAAACACCACCAGCUGCGAGCCGCUCAGCGUGCUCGGAGGCAUGAGUCAUCGUCUCCGGGACCGGCGAACGCGCACCCCAACGCGGAGAAGGCGCACGCGGAGAAGGCCCCGCCCGCCUCCGCUGCAUGAUAUCGUCUAGCAUGCAAAUUCCAUGAGGGAUCCCACAUGGUACAUGGAUAUUUACGGAUGCUUUGAUACUUGGCUCCCCGCCCAUGCUGGAGGUACCUACUGUACCAAUCUAUCAGUACACAUCUUUGUCUAAUCCCCUCUACACACUCUCUACGCUUCGCCCUCCGUACACUUGUUCUUCCGCUGCAUGCUGCAUGCUCCCCAAACUCACAUAUACACAUCCAACAUGAUCACUUGGUUUCUUUGGUGCGUCUCUUGUUUGAUUCUGGGUUCAUCUGGUGUCAGUCUAAUAGACUACUCGGUAGUUACUCGUACAUGCCCGUAUAUUCUCCCCUUGCGAUUCCGCUCUCCGCUCUCUAUGCUUUGUCUCGCGCGCUCCGCGCUGCUAGGUUUACGUAGUAAUGACCGUAUCCGCAAUACUCUUGCUGCUGUGCUUUCGAGUUGAAGGGGGGAUACUGGUGCCAUUGCGCACUUACGAUCUGGCCUAGUUGGGAGCACAGCCUCCCUCGUUGAGGAGUCUUGCAAUUCUCAUACCUCGCCGGCGUCCACUUCACAUCCAGGAGCCUCGCCAGCUACCCCUCCAGGUGGUGGAGAUCAAUCCUAUAGUCUGGAGAGGUCAUCGGGGUAGGAUAGCAAGGACCACACUCCCAGUGACCUUUCGCGAGAACUGGCAGAGCUGCGAAUGUCUCUAGACUCUCCGCUUACGGUGCGUCCUACAAUCCCUCCUCCCUCGCCCAAGGA